UGCAGAUACAGGUACAGGUACAGCCAGCAGUGCAAUUAUCCUGCUGCCUAUGAGCGAAAUCAAUUCCUUAAUUCCACACACACAGAAAGAGAAAUCAAUUCCUUAGUUCCACACACACAGAAAGAGAAAUCAAUUUCUUAAUCAACAGUACAGUGCCAGAGGCCAUGCAGCUGCAAGCAAAACCUGGUGCCGGCGAAAUCCGCAGGCCGUUCGCAGCGCAAAUGGCAUGUCGAGGACCCGGCACGCAGUUGGAACCGCUUCGCACGACCGUCAGCAGCAAGAUCUCGUUCGCGGCCGCCCGACCCGGAUGUGUCCCGGCCCAGCCAGCUUCGUCCCUCCGUGUGUGUCCGCGCUGUCGUUCCGAUCCAUUCCGAUUUCCCUUUCCCUGCGCACUUCAUCAAAGCAAAAAAAGAACAGACAGUCCGAUAUUUCCUUCCGGAUAACAAAGGAUAGAGUGAACCUCAUUGUGACUAAUAACGCACUAUUACCGAUCGCCGUCAGGAUUCAGAAACAACCGCGAAGCCAUACAUACAUACAUUCAUAGAUGCAAAAACACGGGCUGAAGCUGAACGUUUCUCCGACUCUACGGAUGUAUAGAGAUAAUAAUAACGACAGAAGAUGCACAGCAUGUUGAUCGGGCCUGGUAGUCGUACUAGGAAGGACCGUGUCAUGUUUAUCGCUAGUCAAGUGGACAGUAAAGACGAAUACUACUAAUCUUUUUUUUUAAGAACUAGACGAGUAAUCUGAAGGAAAAGCAAGCGUGUCAGCCGGUCUCUCACACGGAUAAUAACGUUGGAACCAAGAAUUCUCCAAAAAAAACAAAAAAAAACGUUGGAAGCAAUAGAUAUCAGGGCCCCGCGGUUUCCGGCCCACGUCAGCCAGCCGCGCCUACCGUUGACUCCACCAUCCCACCCACGGCCCGCCCGCGGGCGGCGCCCAAUAAAAAGCCCGCACGCCACAGCGCAACUGCACAAGAGACCAAAGAAACGCACAGCCGCAAAGAAACCCAACGACAGGUUCGGCUCGGCGGCGCGGGGGUUUCAUCUCCAUCCAUCCACGAUCCACACCCGCGGCGAGGCGAUGGACGCCGACCACGACCACGGCGGCGGCGCGGCCGACGAGGCGGAGGCGGCCUUCUUCGCGCGCCGGGGCAGCCGGUGCUGCUGCUUCCCCUGCUGGCCCUCCUCCUCCUCGUCCUCCGCCCUCUCCCACCAGCGCGUCGGCGGGGCGGGUGCGGGUGCGGGUGCGGCGACGCUGGGGGCGGAGGAGGAGCACUGGUGGCAGGGCGCGGUGGACGCCAUGCUCAAGGUGCGGGAGUGGUCGGAGCUGGCGGCGGGGCCGCGCUGGAAGACCUUCAUCCGGCGCUUCGGCCGCGGGCCCGGCCCGCGCCCGCACCACGCCUUCGGCGGCCGCAAGCUCAACUACGACGCGCUCAGCUACGCGCUCAACUUCGACGAGGGCCACGGCGCCACCCCCGACCCCGGCGACCACGCCGGCGGCUACCGCGACUUCUCCUCCCGCUUCGCCGCCCCGCCCUCCUCCGCCAAGUCCUCCAUGGACCUCGGCGGCCGCGACGCGCCGCCGCUCUUCCGCCCGCCUCCCGCCGACGCCUGACCGCUCCUCCGCCCCCCUUCCUCCCCGAUCGCGCCACAGGAAAAGGAAAGGUAUAAUCGCUCGACGACGAUGGUGGUCAAACUCUCAAAGCGUGGCAAAAAGAUGGCGGCCUUUUCUCGGAUGGUUCGGUUCCAUGGGGACUGGAUGGAUGGGGAUUCGUUUCUUUCUUCUUUCUUCCAGUUCUUUCUCCCCCUCCCCCUGCUCCCAUGAUUGAUUGAUGAUGUUCCCCCCACUGUACAAAGAAAAACAAAGAAGAAGAGGAGAAGCGACUGCUACAUUCGUUGUCAUUCAUACUUAAUCCAAGUUUUGUCCCCAA